AAGGAGCGGACACAUUCAGCCUAAACAGUGGUGAAAAUGGACUAUGAUUUUAAAGUGAAGCUGACCGGCGAAAGAGAGCGUGUCGAGGACCUGUUUGAGUACGAAGGAUGCAAAGUGGGAAGAGGCACCUACGGCCAUGUAUACAAGGCGAAGAGAAAAGAUGGGUGAGAUGAUAAGGACUACGCCCUCAAGCAGAUUGAAGGCACUGGCAUCUCCAUGUCAGCCUGCAGAGAGAUUGCACUUCUCCGGGAGCUGAAGCACCCCAAUGUCAUCUCACUGCAGAAGGUUUUCCUAUCACAUGCAGACCGUAAAGUGUGGCUGCUCUUCGACUACGCCGAACAUGAUCUCUGGCACAUAAUUAAGUUCCACAGAGCAUCCAAGGCUAACAAGAAGCCACUUCAGCUGCCUAGAGGAAUGGUCAAGUCCCUGCUCUACCAGAUUCUGGAUGGCAUACAUUACCUCCACGCCAACUGGGUCCUUCACAGAGACCUUAAACCAGCUAACAUUUUAGUGAUGGGUGAAGGGCCAGAGAGGGGUAGAGUAAAAAUUGCGGACAUGGGUUUUGCUCGUCUCUUCAAUUCACCAUUGAAGCCUUUAGCCGAUCUCGACCCUGUGGUAGUCACCUUUUGGUACAGAGCACCUGAACUGCUGCUGGGGGCUCGGCACUACACCAAAGCCAUCGACAUCUCGAUUGGCUGCAUCUUUGCAGAGCUGCUGACGUCUGAGCCUAUAUUCCACUGUCGCCAGGAGGAUAUCAAGACCAGUAACCCUUACCACCAUGACCAACUGGACCGUAUCUUUAACGUUAUGGGCUUCCCUGCUGAUAAAGACUGGGAGGACAUCAAAAAGAUGCCAGAACACUCCACACUGAUGAAAGACUUCAGAAGAAACACAUACACAAACUGCAGCCUUAUAAAGUACAUGGAAAAACACAAAGUCAAACCAGACAGCAAAGCAUUCCACUUGCUGCAGAAGCUGUUGACCAUGGACCCCAUCCGUAGAAUCACGUCAGAGCAGGCCAUGCAGGACCCCUACUUUUUGGAGGAGCCCCUGCCAACCUCUGAUGUGUUUGCGGGCUGCCAGAUUCCCUAUCCUAAGAGGGAGUUCUUGACAGAGGAGGAGCCAGAAGACAAGGCAGAUAAAAAAAACCAGCAGCAGCAACAGGGAAAUAACCACACGAAUGGAGCGGGGCACACUGGUAACCCUGAAAACAGCCACGCCCAAGGCCCGCCUCUGAAGAAAGUGCGAGUUGUUCCGCCCACCACUACCUCAGGUGGCCUCAUCAUGACCUCAGACUACCAGCGCUCCAAUCCACAUGCUGCCUACCAGAACCCUGGACCAAGCACAUCACUGCCCCAAAGCAGCAUGGGAUACUCCUCUACCUCCCAACAGCCGCCCCAGUACUCUCACCAGACCCACCGCUACUGAGACAUCCCACCCAUACGCAAAUACAUUCACACACAUACAACGCCCUCGCCACGCCCACCUGAAAGAAUGUACUGAGGGAUGUGGGGGUGUCCAUGGCAACAGCAUCCCCACAUCACCCCACCCCUCAGAGGGCACCUUCUCUGCAGCAGUCCGUUAGGCCAGAAUGGCAUCAAAGUACACUUCUUCAAGAUAAAACACAGUAACCCCAGUAUUAGAAGCACCGCUAUAGAGCAAAAGCUAAUGGGAACACAAGG